AUGGGAAUCAUCGAAAGGAUUAAAGAAAUCGAGGCCGAGAUGGCUCGGACUCAGAAGAAUAAAGCUACAGAGUAUCAUCUUGGUCAACUCAAGGCAAAGAUUGCAAAGCUCAGGACACAACUGCUGGAGCCUCCAAAGGGUGCUAGUGGAGGCGGGGAAGGUUUUGAAGUUACCAAGUAUGGUCAUGGACGUGUUGCACUCAUAGGAUUUCCAAGUGUGGGAAAGUCUACGCUUUUGACAAUGUUAACUGGAACGCAUUCAGAAGCAGCCUCAUAUGAAUUUACAACACUUACAUGCAUCCCUGGAGUUAUUCACUACAAUGACACAAAGAUCCAGCUUCUCGAUCUUCCUGGUAUUAUUGAAGGUGCUUCGGAAGGAAAGGGACGAGGAAGGCAGGUUAUUGCUGUUGCAAAGUCUUCCGAUCUUGUAUUGAUGGUUCUUGAUGCCUCAAAGAGUGAAGGCCACAGGCAAAUUCUGACUAAGGAACUUGAGGCAGUGGGCUUGCGUCUAAACAAACAGCCUCCACAGAUCUACUUUAAGAAGAAAAAGACUGGUGGAAUCUCUUUCAACACUACAGCACCCUUGACUCACAUUGAUGAGAAACUCUGUUAUCAGAUCCUGCAUGAGUACAAAAUCCACAAUGCUGAGGUGCUAUUUCGUGAGAAUGCCACAGUGGAUGACUUUAUCGAUGUCAUUGAAGGAAAUCGGAAAUAUAUCAAGUGUGUUUAUGUCUACAACAAAAUUGAUGUUGUUGGAAUUGAUGAUGUGGAUAGACUAGCACGGCAGCCAAACUCCAUUGUUAUUAGCUGCAAUCUAAAGCUAAACUUAGACAGACUACUUGCAAGGAUGUGGGAUGAAAUGGGCCUUGUGAGAGUUUACUCGAAGCCUCAGGGGCAGCAACCAGAUUUUGAUGAGCCUUUUGUCCUCUCAUCUGAUCGAGGUGGCUGCACAGUUGAAGACUUCUGUAACCACGUCCACAGGACUCUGGUGAAGGAUAUGAAGUAUGCUCUUGUGUGGGGCACAAGCGCAAGGCACAAUCCUCAGAAUUGUGGUCUUUCUCAGCAUCUUGAAGACGAAGAUGUUGUUCAGAUUGUCAAGAAAAAGGAGAGAGACGAAGGAGGAAGAGGGCGUUUCAAGUCACACUCUAAUGCUCCUGCUAGAAUUGCAGACCGUGAGAAGAAAGCUCCUCUUAAGCAGUAA